UGAGUACGAUGACCCUAGUGUUAGGGACUGUGUACCCACUGUUAACUAAGAAACAAAACCACACGUUCAAAACAAACAAACAAAACCUCCAAACAUUGCUAAGAAUUAGGUUCGGAUUUAGGGCCUAAAAAUAAUUCAGUUGGAAUGUGAGGAAGACAUUGAAACACCAUUAUUCAGCAAGCUUUUAGAGUGUAUGUAUAUUAUAUAUAUUCUAGAGUAUAUGUGCAUAUGUAUAUUUAUCUGUAUGGUGACAGAGUGUACAAAUCAACACAACUUAAGAAUUCUAGGGCACGAGCGAGCAAGGGCACACACACACGAAGUGGAUCUUCUUUAACCAGGAUUAUUUUUUCUUUCUGUUUUCUUACCAGGAAGAUUUUAAACAUGUUUCUUCCCUCACUUCCUUCCCUCCUUCCUUCCUUGCUCAAUACGAAUUUACAAUCAUUGCACUUGAAUGGAUGCAAUUCUGUGAACAUAAGGCCACAAGGACCCCUGCUGCCUUACUUUUCUAGACCUUGAACCCAAAAUGCAUUCUAGUGAUUUCUUUUUCCCCCUGUACUUGUAAUUAAGUAAGGCAACUCAUUUUCACGAGAAGGGAAGGAAAAAGUAGAUACCCAGACGUGGUGAAUUCCUCAUCUACUUCCCACUUAGAACCUUUAGCACUUUGGGGAGUGCGUUGACAGAGGCUGCCCACCCACGCAAACCACAACCAUACAGACGCUUUCUAAGAUUUUCUAACAAAAUCCUCUGAGUUGCCAGUCUGGGACCUCGCCUAAAAAAAGAAUUGGCUUGGUUCUCAGGCGACAAUCUCUUAAGUGCCAGCGCGGCGAAGAGCACCCAGGCUGAUAAGGCGCGUGCCAAGGCACUCAGGUGGGGAUUCUUGGCACAGCGCCAACAUACUGGCGCAGACACAGAAGCUCUGGUGGAGCCAAGCCACGGAAUCCCUCCUUUCACCCUUGGGUUUGCCACCUGCGGCUCAAAAAGAAGUGUGAGUGUGUGGGUAGGUGUGGGGGGGGGGAGGGGGGAGGGGUGUAGCUCAGUGAUAAGAACUGGAGCAGAAAGAUCAGAAGUUCAAGGUCAUCUUUGGCUACUUAGUUUGCCAGGCCAACCUGGACUACUGGGGAACCUAUUCAAAUAACAACAAACUUCUGCUAAGAGCAUACUUGGCGAUCAUGUCCCAAGUCAGCGCUAACCUCGGGUCAUGGACUUUCUUCAAAUACGAAGCGAGGAGACAAUGAGUUUCAGCCAGGCAGGAUUCUCUGCAGACAGCCCCCCUCAAGGCUGGUAGGGACUGGAGAGAAGGAGUCCAGCUCCACGAGACUUGCCCUGGCUGUGGGCCAACGCCCGGCUGUCCUUGACCUCCUGGGCAGACCAAGACGCCGGCCAGGGAAAUGAAAGUAAAACCUGAUGUGGCCCCGGCCCAGCGGGAAGUUGGCGACAGGUAGGUCGCGUCCUCAGAGAGACUGACAGCCGCUGGGUCGACAGACAAUACGGGGAUGAAGUGAAAGGGGGGCAGGGGAAAGGGACAGAAGCGGAGAAAAAACUAUGGUGUUCUGGGGUUCCUGGGACCCCCGCAGCACUGUGCGCUACCUGAGAUCGGUGGGGCAGACACACCAGCGUCUGGCUGGGGCUGCGGUGACUGUCCCGCAGCCCAGAAGGCCCGAAAGCGGCCAGUUCGCCUAGCUGUAGCCCUUUCAACAUUCAUGCCCCAAGUCCCUAUCAGAACCAGUGCCUGGAAUCUGUCCCCCGCCCCAGGUGGAACUCAGAACUCCUGCUCUAAGAAGAUUCCCCAGAAUAAGUAACCUCAGUGCGGCCAUUUCUCUCCCAGGUGCAAUGUCCGCUGUUCAAUCUGGAGCCAGCAACGCUCAGCCCAGACCUCGAUGUGGGCAAGGUCCGCGGGACACAAUGCCCAGCCGGCUUUGCGCUGGGUCUCAGAACAUUUAAUGGCAGAUGAGGUAGAAAGCUUGGAGAUCUGCCAGGGACUCUAGGAAGAGGACAUGACUUGUCUGUGUCCAAAUCCCCAGAACUGAGGACUAGGAGCUGGGGUAGGUAAUGUCUUUAGCUUUGGGACCUUCCAGGAAGGUGAUAGGUAGUGACACAGGAGACCUGCAUGCGGAGCUGCGCCUUGGUGCUCAGUUUGGCCCUAGAAGGGAAGUGAACUUAACAAUCUGUGAAGAGCCGAACGUGUUCGAACUGAUUCAUCAUGAAUUAGCACAUAUCUCUGGGCUGGGGCCGGAAUUCUCUCCCCCUUGGCGAGAAUGGUGACCCCUCCCCCCCAGCUCGAAGAAUUCAGGCCACAGCACCCCAGUCUUUUGAGUUCGGACUCUACAGCUUCCCAACUUUAGUGUGACUGGGCAAUAUACGCCCCUUCUCUGAAUUUCACUUUAAUAUACGAGAAUCCCAGCUCAGGAAUGUGUGCAAAGAUCAAAAGAGGCUGGGAUUUGCCAACGGUAAAGCGAUUAACAUACGUGAAGCAUUAGUGUGCUCCCUGUCAGUCACUCCUCACGUUUACAAUGGAUGAAUGAAGGCAAUCAGGUCAACUCGCAGGUUAUAACCUUAUAAGGCAUAAUAGUAUUACAAGGAGGAAAACAAAACCUUUUUCCUAAUUUUGGCUAUUCCUGUAUUUCCAAAUUGGAAUGUGAGUUCUGAAUCUUCAGUUAACUACCCUCUCCAAACCCCAAUUUUCAAUUCAGCUGUUCCCAGCUUUGCCCUGAUUACGAAAUCUUACUAGCUAGCCGGUCUAGAAACCCUUCAGUCUCAGCCUCUGUCAGGGAGUCUGAGCCUCACCCUUCCUGGGGUACCCUGCCCGCAGAGGCGGAGGGGGGUCGAGGCUCAGUCAGGUGCUAAGCCGGCAGGGGGCGCGGCCCAUUUGAGGACACAGCUCCCAAAGUCCAGGGUUUAGGUUAGACAUGUGUCCCACCCGUCCCCCGGUUCUUACAGCCCUGUCCAGAAAGCUCAGAUCAGCAUUCUGAGCUGUAGAGGUUCUGGGAAAAGGAUCCCCCCUCACCCCAAGCUGUUCUGGCCCUCCUUCCCGUCUCACUGUCUGAACCCUACGCCAGGAAAUCAGGGCAAAGGAAGUUCCGCACCAGUCUAAUCUCCCAGAGCCGAUCUCUGAGACCCCGGGCCACAAAGGACCUCUACCCCUGCCCCCAUACCCAAAGGCAAGCUGCGGGGCAGAUCAGAUCUUAGAAGCAAGCGCUCUGGAGGAAAGGGAGGGCUCCAGGGCAGAGCAGGCCCCGCCCCCCCGAGCCGGAGCGUGUAUAAAGCGCUGGAGCCAGCGCUGGCUGUUCAGUAGUUUCUUGGUGACACUAGGCACAACAGCUCCAGCGUUACCGCUCCUGGCUUCUCAUCGCAGUCAAUCUCGGACUUUGGGGUUUUGCCGCUGUCAGAAGGACGUCUCGGACUUUCUCCUUCAAGUGCUUGAAAAAUCACCCCUUCAGCAGGGUAUCUGAGGGUCGCCACAGAAUGAAGCUGGUUACCGUCACACUGAUGUUCCUGGGUUCACUCGCCUUCCUUGGCGCAGACACCGCGCGGCUAGACGCGUCCUCGCAAUUCCGAAAGAAGUGGAAUAAGUGGGCGCUAAGUCAUGGGAAGAGAGAACUGCAAGCAUCCAGCAGUUACCCCACGGGGCUCGCUGAUGAGAAGACAGUCCCUACCCAGACUCUUGUUCAGCUCCAGGACAAGCAGAGCACAACUAGCCCCCCACAAGCCAGCACUCAGAGCGUAGCCCACAUUCGAGUCAAACGCUACCGCCAGAGCAUGAACCAGGGCUCCCGCAGCGCUGGAUGCCGCUUUGGGACCUGCACAGUGCAGAAAUUGGCCCAUCAGAUCUACCAGUUCACAGACAAAGACAAGGAUAGCGUCGCCCCCCGGAACAAGAUCAGCUCUCAAGGCUAUGGCCGCCGGCGCCGGCGUUCCCUACCAGAGGUCCUCCGGAUCCGGACUGUGGUGUCCUCCCAGGAGCAGGCACACGCAGCCCCAGCCUCCCAGGCGCAACCGAAUCAUCUCCAGGCUCUUUAGGAUUUAGGUGCCGGUGGCAGCAUUGAACAGUCGGGCGAGUGUCCCAUUGGCGCCUGCGGAAUCAGAGAGCUUCGCACCCAGGGCGAACUGAGACAAUCCUACAGAGAUCUGCCUGGCUGCCCCUAGGGGAGGCAGAGGAACCGAAUCAAGCCAGGCUCACGACAGAAACUGAGAAUUACAGGCAUCACCCUCCGGGCAGGGGUCUGAGCCACUGCCUUGCCCGCUCAUAAACUGGUCUCUCACGGGGCAUAAGCCUCAUUACUACUUGAACUUUCCAAAACCUAGCGAGGAAAAGUGCAAUGCUUGUUGUACAGCCAAAGGUAACUAUCAUAUUUAAGUUUGUUGCUGUCAAGAGGUUUUUUUUUUGUAACUUCAAAUAUAUAGAGAUAUUUUUGUACGUAUAUAUUGUAUUAAGGGCAUUUUAAAGCGAUUAUAUUGUCACCUUCCCCUAUUUUAAGACAUGAAUGUCUCAGCGAGGUGUAAGGUUGUUUGGUUCUGUGUAUGUGUGUGUGUGUGGUGGAGAGCGCCUGAUUACCGCCUGUGGAAGAAAAAACAUUGUGUCUCCGUAUAAUCUAUUUACAUAAAAUAUGUGAUCUGGGAAAAAGCAAACCAAUAAUAAACUGUCUCAAUGCUGA